GUGCUGUCUACUACUGAAGAACUCGAUACUCGCUCACUCAAGGCUGCUAAACGACGCUUUUUGCAACAGAAUCUGGAGAGCCGCCAAGGAUGCCGAAACUCCAAAUUGAUUUCUAGCUGCCGUCGAUCAAUCUCUCUGGAUCCUAUACUCUGGUUGCCCAUGUCUAAGUCAGAGCGCAGUCGCUGUAUACGCCGGAGAUUAG